AUGGUGAUGUUCAAGUGGACAAAGAUAAAAAUGAAACUCAAACAGAAACAGAAAGUACAUAUUUUACUGCACCAGCUGAUUCAAACUCAAAUAAAGACAAAGAAACCAGACGUUUACCAGUAGCUACAAUAGAUGAGGCUGGUGCCAUAAAAUAUAUCAAUGAAUCAUUCAGCCACAAUAUAAACAAAGUACACAGUUUCUACUCGUGCAAAAACAAGAAAUGUACCAACCUGAAUCCAGAUGAGGUGAAGCGUAUCAGUAAAAAAGGAGAUCGUUUUCAACAUGCUUGGAUAACAGAUAAUAAAUUAACUUACUGUGAAAAAAGGGAUAUAAUUGGCUUAUUUACGAGGAAGGUGAGGGCAUGUUCUGUUUCAUUUGCCGAAAGCACAAUACUGAAAAUGAAAAAAACAAGUGCAAGAAGUUUAAUCUUCAGGCUGGAAUCCGCUUUAAACGUAAAGCAGUAGAGGAACAUGCCAAUAGUCAACAGCAAAAAGCUGCAAUAAUGUGUGAACUGAUUAACAGAACCUCUCCAUUCCAGGCAGAACUUGACAGGAAAGAACAGAAAAACGACGCUGUGUAUUACAAUGCUUUUCUGACAAUAUAUUGGCUAGCAAAAGAAGAGUUACCAAACUUCAAAAUUUCCAGCUUUUUGGAUGUGCUUGAACAAUUAGAAUUGACAGAUAUGAAAUAUUUUCAGCAUCGCUCAGCUGGAUCAUUCAGAGAAAUGUUCUUAGCGCUGGGGUAUCAAAUUAAAUCACAAGUGGCAGAGAAGUGCAGAAAAGCAAAUUGGUUUGGAUUACUGUGUGAUGAAGUUUGCGACAUUUCUAAUCAAGAACAGUUGCUAACUUUCAUUAAGUAUGCUGACCCACAAACCAAUAAAGCUACAACAGAUUUUCUGUCUGCAAAUGACCUGUUUCAGAAUUCACAGUCAGCAGAUGCCAAUACCAUUUGGACUGUUCUCAAUAAACAACUUGAAGAUAGCAAAUUGGAAAAAUCUAAGCUUGCAAGCUUUGCAAGUGAUGGAGCAUCUGUGAUGACAGGAAAGAAGAAUGGCGUGGCAGCUAAACUUCGCUCAGAUAACAAGCCUCUUAUAAAUGUUCACUGCAUUGCCCAUCGAUUAGCUUUGGCUUGUGGCGAUGCAAACAAUUCUGUUUCAUACAUACUAACAAUGGAGAAAAUUCUCAACAACUUUGGUCCCUUUUCAAAAACUCGCCGAAAAAAGCUGCAAAAUAUGCAAAGGCUGUAA